AUGAACACGGCAAGAAGGGACAUCAUGACAAGGGAGGCCACCACCACGAUCAUAAGGGACACCAUGAAGAAGGUGGCCAUCACGAGCAUCAUCAUCAUCAUCAUGAUCAUGGAAAGAAGGGCGGUCAUGAAGAUCACAAGCACUGGGGCUUUAAGAAGGGACACAAAUAAGUACGCGCGGCGUAUCCCCGCUAAGAAGGGUGAACGUAAGGAUGAAACUCCAAAAGUAGCCGAUCAGGAUAUUGCGGCAUCCGGCGAUAAAAAGGAAGCGAAUCAAAACCAUGAUUUUAAAAGAGGCGGCGGAAAGGAACACCAUGCCGAUCAUCAUGAUGAACACGGUGAAAAAGGUGAAAAGGGCUACAAAGGUCAUCAUCAUCAUGAAGAGGGUAAGAAAGGACAUCAUGAUAAGGAGCAACAUAAGGGUGAAUAUGAUGAUCACGGCAGUCACGAGGAAGACCACCAUCAUGAAGGAGGUCACUAUGAUGAACAUCAUGAAGGUGAAAAGGGUGAGAAAGGCCAUAAAUAUGAAGAAAAGGGACAUUACAACAAGGGACAUUCAACAAAAGGACAUCACGAAGUGCAUAAACUUGAUGAGUUCAAGAAGGACAAACAUUUCUUUGACGAAGAAGGCGAUUCUGCCCACGACGAGAAACAUGGCGGCUUCCAUGAGGAGCACGGACACAAAAAAGGAGGGCACUUUAAGAAGGGGCACCAUCAUGGCGAUCACGUGGAACUUGAGCACGGCGAGAAGGGUCAUCACGAGAAGGGAGGCCACCAUGAGGUACACAAGGGCCAUAAAGAGUCAGCUGGUCACGAUACUCAUCAUCAUCAUCACCACGAUCACGCUAAGAAAGGAGGCCAUGAUCAUCACAAGAAAUGGGCAUACAAGAAAGGACAAUAA